GAGAAGAAGAACAGGAGAGAAGAAGAAGAAGAAGAAGAAGAAGAAGAAAUUUAAAAUAAAGAAGAAGAAAAAGAGGAAGCAGGGAGGAGCUGACGAUGAGAGUUUGUCACCUUCUCGAACAUUCUGAAGAAGAGGAAUAAACUGUUAAUAUUUCACUCUUUGGACAUUUGAACAUUUUUCAUCUUGUUGUUGCUCUCCGAGUCACGCAGGGAGGUGCUGAUGGGCAGCCUGGCUGUUUGGGUGGCGGUCCUGGCCGCCUUGUCGGGCUGCUGCCAGGCUGGAGGACACACAAGCCACCUGGAAGCGGAACCAACAAUAACGACGGAGAAGGGGAAGGCAAACACCAGCAUGGAUCAAUCAUCCUCCGACCCUGACGGCGGUGCCUGCCGGAGGACGUACUGCGGCCGCGGUCGCCAGUGCGUCCUGAUGGCGGGCAGCGGGCGGGCCGAGUGCGUCUGCCAGGAACAGUGCCGGCCCUCCUUUGUGCCGGUGUGCGGCUCGGACGGACGCUUCUACGAGAACCACUGCGAGGUUUACAGGAGCGCCUGCCUGGAGAGGAGGCGGAUCUACGUGGUUCACAGCAAGGACUGCUUCUUCAAAGGCAACGCGUGCACCAUGUCAGAGUACAACCGUCUGAAGAGCACGCUGAUGGACAUGAAGACCACGGCCCGGAAUGCCGGCGAGUGGAACCAGCAAAGGAACAUGGAUGAGAAGAGGGUGCUGGUGGAGACCAUGUUCAAAUACCUGGACAUGGACCGAGAUGGACGACUGGUCAGCGAGGAGCUAGAGAAGAUCUCCACCCAGGAGCACCUGGACGACGGCGUGCUGCGCUGCACCAUGCAGGACCUGCUGCGCUACGACGACUACAACAACGACGGACACCUCAGCCUUCACGAGUUCUACACCGCUUUCCAGGUUGUCCAACUGAGCCUGGCGGAGGACCAGCGGGUCAGCGUCUCCACGGUGACGGUGGGCCUCAGCGCCGUCCUGACCUGCGCCAUCCAGGGGACCCUGCGCCCGCCCGUCAUCUGGAAGAGGAACGGCAUCGUUCUCAACUUCCUGGACCUGGAGGACAUUAAUGACUUUGGAGAUGAUGGCUCGCUGUACAUCACCAAGGUGACAACCAUCCACAUGGGGAACUACAGUUGCCAUGCCUACGGCUACGAGGACCUCCGCCAGACGCACGUGCUGCAGGUCAACGUCCCUCCGGUGAUCCUGGUCUACCCAGAGACGCAGGCCCAGGAGCCCGGCGUGUCUGCCAGCCUGCACUGCCACGCCGACGGCAUCCCGGACCCCAAACUGCAGUGGCUGAAGAACGGCGCCGACCUGCAGCCUCGCUCCUCCAAGCAGCUUUCCCUCCUCGCAAACGGCAGCGAGCUGUUCAUCGGCAGCGUGCGCUACGAGGACACGGGCGCCUACACCUGCAUGGCCAAGAACGAGGUGGGCGUGGACGAGGACAUCUCCUCCUUGUUUGUGGAGGACUCGGCCAAGAAGACGCUUGCCAACAUUCUGUGGAGGGAAGAAGGUUUGAGCGUGGGAAACAUGUUCUACGUGUUUUCCGACGAGGGCGUGACCAUCCUGCAGCCCGGCCAGUGUGAGAUCCACAGACAAAUGAAAAGGACAGAGAGGAUCGUGGCGACUUACGAGGAAAUGUGCCCUAGCGGCGAGGGUGCGGCCCCCCCGCACUGCGUGUGGUCGUCGGCGGUCAACGUGCGGGAGAAGUACAUCUACGUGACCCAGCCGCUCCACAGCCGCCUCCUGGUGCUGGACAUUCAGGCGCAGCGGGUGGUGCAGGCAAUAGCCACGGACGCCUUCCCUGUCAAGACGCUGUACGACAAGUCACAUGACCAGGUGUGGCUGCUGGCGUGGGGGGACAAGGACAGGACCCGCCCCACCCUGCAGGUGAUUCCUCAAGCCAGCGUUGGAGAAGUCCAUCAUGCCAUGCGAACCACCUUCCAGCGGGUCGACGACUUCUUCAUCCCGCCGACCAACCUCAUCAUCACUCAUGUGAGGUUCGCCUUCAUCUUCCUCAAAGACGAGCCCGCCGUCCACAAGGUGGACCUGGAGACCUUCCGCCGGGUGAAGACGAUAAGCUUGAAGAACCACAGCUGUGUCCCGGCCGGCAUGGCGUACACGCACCUGAGCGGUGUCUACUUCGUCCAGUGCCAGACCAGAGGACGCCCGCGGGCUCCGCCCCUGCUCCUCAUCGACAGCGUGACGGACGCGGUCAUCGGGCCCAUCAUCGGCGGCGGCCGCCGCGCCUUCGUGUCGCCGGACGGCCGCUACAUCGUGACGUCCGACCCCGGCAGCGCCAAACUGAGAGUACAGACGGUGUCUUUCCAGGGAGAGAUGAGUCUGAAACUGGAAGUGGACGACCCCGUCGCCGUAUCGGACCUCAUUUUCCAGCCGUCGUUCGCCGAGUCCAACAGAUACGUGGCGGUGGCGUCCUCGGACUCCACCACAGACCUCCUGUUCGCCGAUCUAUCCUCGGGUCACACCGAGGUCCUCCGGGGCCUCAAGGAGCCCCUAGACCCUCAGACCUGGCCCUGGGGGGGUCCUCACAGGGUGGUGGUCUCCAGCGGCUUGUUCGGACAGUACCUCCUCACGCCGUCGGCCCAGUCCCUCUUCAUCCUGAACGGCAAGCAAAGAACGCCGCACUGCGAGGUGUCGGACAUCAAGAGAGGGAACACGGUGGUAUGGGUGGGCGAGGUAUGAGUCCACCAGCUAAAAAGAAAAAGAAAAAACAUCCCCAGGUUUAGGGAUGAUGUUCAAAACCGGUUUUCCCGGUUGUUCGAUAAGAAAAGAACCGAUUCUAUGGACUCGAAUCCCUUUUUUGAGAACCGGUUCCCGUUAUCGAGGCCGCUAUAGUUGGUUCUUUAUUCGAAUCCCGUCCCACAAGAAAUGCCCUGUGGGACAUCACAGGAAAUGACGUAGCUCAAAUGUAAUUUCCUGUGAUGUCACUCAAGCAGCAAAAAUAAUGGACCGGAAAAAAACGCCUCAAGGUAUAGCUAUUCACCUAUAGUGAUCACGGAAACAGGUUGUUUUUGUGUUACUGUAUAUAUUUGUUUUUCUGAAAAAUCCCACUUAAUAUACUUUGGGUAACAACAGUCAAUAUUUAUUUAUUUUAUUUUUUUAGGGGGGUAACAGUCAAUAUUUGUUAUUUUUAUUAUUAUUUUUUUUUCUUAUAAAAUAAAAGUGAGCUUUUGUUAAACCAAAUAUUGUGUUUUUUUCCCAUAUACAACAACCUAUCUGGACUCGAUAAGAGAAUCGAUAAGGAAUCGGUUCGAUAAGAGGAUUCGAUAAUGGGCUCGAACUCGAUAAUUUCUUAUCAAACAUCAUCCCUACCUAGGUUGGAGUAUUUCCGGAUUCCCGUGGUCGUGGACUCAAGCUGGGGGACCGGGCAAGGAGGGUAACUCAUAAGUUGGAGUUUAUGUUAAAAAAAACAAAAAAAAAACGAAUAGAAUAAGUUGUUGUGAUAUUCCUGCUGGAAGAAAGUGUCAAUGGCGUCCAGUCCAGUAACUCCAGAAUUGUACAUUAUUGCACUUCUUCCAUCACAGCAAGUAGGUACCUGGUUACCAAACAGCAAACUAUGCACAACGCUCACUUUUUUAGACGGAAGAAAGCUUUCCGAUCCUUUUUGUUUGGUCGUCUUCACCAGUGCUGCGUGUAAUAGCCACCGACUGUCCGUGCGUCCUCCCCCCUCCGGUAGUCUCCUCGUCUUUUCCAAAGAGCCCCCCCCCCUUUUGUUCGGUCACGGGAGUAAAACCAACCAGCAGCCGACGACAACAUCUUGUCUUUAGUGUCCAUCUUCACGUCAUGACCAAAAUGCUUUGGAGGCGGGGUCUCUUCGAUGAAGGCUGUGAGCAUUUGGACAACGAGUAACCACAGGGCUGGAAACGCAAUGCAUCAUGGGUAGGGUGUCCGAUAAUAUCGGCCGAUAAAUGCUUUAAAAAUGUAAUAUUGGAAAUGAUCAAUAUCGUUUUUUUUAUUAUCGGUAUCGUUUUUUUUUUUUUUGUUUUUUUAAAUUAAAUCAACAUAAAAAAACACAAGAUACACUUACAAUUAGUGCACCAACCCAAAAAAACUCCCUCCCCCAUUCACACUCAUUCACACAAAAGGGUUGUUUCUUUCUGUUAUUAAAGGGGAACAUUAUCACCAGACCUAUGUAAGCGUCAAUAUAUACCUUGAUGUUGCAGAAAAAAGACCAUAUAUUUUUUUAACCAAUUUCCGAACUCUAAAUGGGUGAAUUUCGGCGAAUUAAACGCCUUUCUAAUAUUCGCUCUCGGAGCGAUGACGUCACAACGUGGCGUCACAUCGGGAAGCAAUCCGCCAUUUUCUCAAACACCGAGUCAAAUCAGCUCUGUUAUUUUCCGUUUUUUCGACUGUUUUCCGUACCUUGGAGACGUCAUGCCUCGUCGGUGUGUUGUCGGAGGGUGUAACAACACGAACAGGGACGGAUUCAAGUUGCACCAGUGGCCCAAAGAUGCGAAAGUGGCAAGAAAAUUGGACGUUUGUUCCGCACACUUUACCGACGAAAGCUAUGCUACGACAGAGAUGGCAAGAAUGUGUGGAUAUCCUGCGACACUCAAAGCAGAUGCAUUUCCAACGAUAAAGUCAAAGAAAUCUGCCG